AUGAGGGCACCGCCUACUUCCCACGGCCAUUUUGAUUCCAGCCAAUCGAACUACGAGUCAGAAUCGUUCGAUCAUGUCACCGGUCAACCUAGUGCCAAUUAUGGUGUAGAUGAAGUCGACAGGGAAAGUGUUUUAUUUCCAAAUUAUCGCAAUACAUCAAAAUUCAAUUUUUACGACUCAAAGGAUGAUAAUGCUCCGUCUGAAGAUAUAAUGGUCUCAGAUUCAAAUGAUCAUAUAGAAUCCCUGAAAAAGAAUACUGAUGGUCUUGAGAGUUCAACAUUACUUGAUCAGCUCUUAAACGACGAUGUUUUUUGUGGUUCAUCGUUUACUGGUUUUCACAUAUCAAAAAGGGAUACCAGUUCUAAAUCGUCAUGUGAUAGAUAUGACCCAAGUACCUUGGCUUUAUCACUUAGAGAAAUUGCGAAACAUAUUGAGGAGAAUGCAUAUCAAUCUUCUUCGAGACUUAAGAAAUAUGAUGAAUGUUGUUCUUUCUUGAAAAGUAGAAUUGAAAAUCUCAAUAUGGAACUUGACAAUUGCUACAAAGAACUUGAGGUUGCGACAAAACAAUUGGAACUCACGAAAAGUACAUUUGAAAAUCGUGUAAAAGAAUUGGAAGCUCAUGUACAUCAGUUGACGUCUAUUAACAGAGACUCCAUAAACGACUCUACUGUGGAGGAUGACGAUAAAGGCAUCACUCCUUCCAUUAAACACGUUGAUAUCGUUAGCGAGAAUCUCACAGCAAGUACCACAAUGCCAUCUAUAAACAUAGGUUAUGUAGACCUUGAUGAAAAAAGUAAGGUAUUUGCAAAACGAUUGAUAAGGUACUUAUAUGCGGACGUUAAUGAUUCAGAUGGUUCAUCUUUUUUACCAAAUUUGUAUCAGAAUAUCAGAGAAAUGCCUGGAGUUAUAGAUUGUAAGGAGGUUAUAAAAUUCAUUGAAGAUUCCAUCAGACGUGAUUCUUAUAUAAUACAUGCGCGACUUACACAUGAUUCCAUAAUGUCAUACCAGGCUCCUGAUCACUUCAUGGACGACUCACAUUACGUUUAUGGGAUUGUUCCCCAAUCUAACAAUGAAAGACAAGUCAUUUCUGAGCUGGAAUCUACUAUACAAUUUGUAUCCAACUCAAAUGAUACAUCAAGGAUGUUAAAAGUCAACGCCUCUUCAACUGAUAUACCAACACAUUCCAGCAAAUCACAUGUAUUGAUGAAUAAGCGCGUAUUGCUAGCAAUAUUCAAAGGUACAAAUCUAAACAAUCUUUACAAUUAUCUGUUUGUGUCUCUGGGCUGUGAUAAUUUUAGAGUAGUGGAAGUGAUAAAUGCUGCAAUUUGUGCGAAGUUUAUGGAUUUCCAACUGGCCCCUAAAUUUUCUUCGUGUGUAAAACAUCCACUAUUAUGGGCAUUUGGAGAUAACUACAAUUGUCCGCAAGCUUCCAGAUAUUUGAAAAUGCUAAAUUAUAAUUUUUCAUCUUUCCCUCUUGAUCCGACGAAUGGUGAUAACUUGUGGCAUUAUAUUUCGAAAGGUAAUGGUGUUAUCCUUGCACAAAAGUUGAAAACAUACUCCUCUUACAGUAAAAAUAUAAAUGUUUGCAAUAACAUCGGUGAGACACCUUUAUCUCUAUCACAUGAUCAACUGAGACGAGAGCUUAUAACCAGUUCUAUUAUUGAGCUUGCGGCUAAAGGUUCAGAUUACUAUAAAAAGGGUGAAUAUGAUAGGGCUUUGGAAUACUACUCUAAGGCCAUAAACAAACAACUUGAACUUGGAAAGAUUGAUGAAAACUGUAAUAUGAAAUCUGGUGAUAACAAUAUGGGAAAAUUAUAUUAUAAUAAGGCUAGAAGUCUUGUUCAUCUCCAUAGAUGGGUCGAAGCCAUUGAAUACUGUGAAUUAUGUUUGAAGCAUAUCCCCAAAUAUCAAAACGCAUAUGAAACAUGUAUACAAGCUUACGAAUAUCUAUUGGAUUGGGAAAAUGCGGCUAAAACAUGUAUUUCUAUGAAGGAGAAUUGUGGGUUCUGUGACGAUUCUAGAUUUGCAUUUAUAAAGGCACAGAGAGAUGCCACAUUAUUCCAACUGCUAGGCCUAGAAAAAUCUGCAAAUGCCAACGAUAUAAAACGUGCCUUUAACACACUAUGUAAAAUAUGGCAUCCAGAUAAGAUAGCAGUACAGGCAGAAAAUGAUAUUAAAAAGAGGUGCGUAAAUCACUUCAACAGGUUGUUUGACGCACGAGAAAAGUUAAUGGAUUCUGGUAUAAGAACUUCGGAACAGCUGAAGGAAGAGACAAAUUACAGGAGUCCAACGCCGUUCAUAGAUGUAAACGCAAAGACAGUAGACGAGAGGGAGACUAAGGUUGAGUUCACAAAGGAUAAAUCUAGAUGGAUAGAUUUUCAUGAAAGCGGAAAUUUUGAAGAUUCAUUCCAAAUUCAUCAGGGACAAAAUGCGGAUACCGCGGAUGUUUUUCUGAACAAAGUGAACAGGAAGGGUGUAAAACAAACUUUCAAGAAUCCGGAAUUUUCAGACAAUGUUAACUACAAAUCAAGAGAGAAUCUUGACCAACUUACCAUGGAAAGAUUAAAAUUCAUAGAUUCUAUGAAGGUUUUGAAGGGGCAAGCCAUUUUUGACUAUGAGACCCUAACAUGGGGACAGCUUUAG